GCCAUGGAGGACAUCAACCACCAACUUCAGCAUCUGUCUGAGAACGGUCUGGGGAAGGGAAGUCUCACUCCAGAUCAGCAGUACAGUAGGAUCUCCACGGCCGAACGUCUGGACGUCUGUGUGUCUGAAGCCAUUUUAGUCAUGGAAUGUGUUCCUGAAGUCCUUGACCUCAAACGGGAAGUGUGGCUGGACAUUGACCGACACGUGCAAGGGGAGACCAGUCUGGCGAGCUCAUCGAGCGCGAUACAGCCCUCGUUACUGUCGUCUGACAUGGAACACCGAGAGAACUUUGUCGUCACUCAUCCUAUAAAUCCUCCAUUCUACAUACCCCUGGUGGAGAUCGUCAGGGCGCCCUGGACGUCAGACAAAACCGUCGACAUGGUUUAUAAACUGAUGGAAGACAUUGGACAAGCACCAGUUGUCCUGCAGAAAGAAAUCUUCAACUUUGUGGCGGCCCGAAUACAAAACGCGUGUCUGCAAGAAGCCUGGUGGCUAAUUAAGGACGGCGUUGCGGACGUUGACGACGUCGAACGAGCAAUGUACGAAGGACUCGGCAUGGACUACGCUUUUAUCGGCCCCCUGGAGAGGCUGCACCUUCUGUCUGGUGGAUUCGAGCGUUACAUGUCACAGACCUCUGAGCUGUACUGCAGCGCACAGGAACCUUUCAGAGAACCGGAACGAAUGGGCGGCCACGCAGCCGAAGUUAUGGAACGCGAACUGGAGUCUUUCGCACGGGUUAGCGAGGUUCCAGACAGACGCCGGUGGAGAGACGAAAGAUUGGCAGAACUGUCCAAACUAAAACGACAGCUCGAUGUUAAAGAGGAAGGAACAUAGACAACGACUUCUUCUGAUCGUCAAUAUGUCAUGAAUGAAGACAGUUAAAAUCAGUCAUCAGGACGACCAUAAUAUAUGAAUAUUAUAAGACUUUUUAAUGCAACAGAAGCGAUAUUUUUGGAUAACAGAAGUGAUAUAUAUAUAUAUAUAUAUAUAUAUAUAUAUA